AUGCCACCAUUAGCGGGCGAAGAGCGUCUAGUAACAGUGUUCGCCGAUAUUCACUACUAUUUCAAGGAGCCAACCCGGAGACCUUCGCCAUACCACCACCGUUUUGACAAAGGCUCAUAUCUAUAUGUCUACAACGACGCCGCUCAGAACAAAGCCCGAAUUGAGAUAGCCAAUAAUCCUGGAUCUCCAGAGCAGGAUGCAUUUUGCGGGGAUUUUAAUCAUGUACACAUUCGACACUCGUCUCAAUUCCCAACACUCUGUACCCUAACUGUCGAUGCACACCCGAACCCAUCCCAACAACAGGCAUAUUCACCAGCUUCACCUCGACAUGAAUGGCGUCUGCCUAGUGGGGAUCCGCGAGAUGAUCCAAAUGACUUUAGAGACUUUCCUCGUCUCCAUACACUAGAUAUCUACUUCUGGGGCCAAGAAGAUGCAACCCAAUUCCUGGACACAGCGGAACUAGUCCUUCCCAAGACCCAAGUCGAAACAGACAGAGAGCCAGCUCCCCAACCAGAACAGCCCCUAAGCUCAGUGGUCCAACAACUAGAGAAUGUCGCCGUCUCAGAUCCAGCCUACCAGAACGGCCAGACUCGCAACUCUAGAUCUGAUUCCCAAACAACAGCAUCUCAACCACCCCAAGGCCCAGGAAUUCCCCAAACAACCAGCUUCCCCCCACCUCCCCCAAGCGGCCCACUAGCAGAUCAAACCCAAAGCAAUGGCCCCUCCCCAGCAGAGGAGUCAAAAGAUCCAGCAAGCUUCGCCCCGCUGCCAUAUAACCCAGCAGCUCCAGCAGCCCCAGAACCGAUCAAACAUCGCGAGAAGACCCCUCCUCCAGAAGAUGGCAUGGACGGCACAGGCCUAGCAGCCGCAGUAGCAGCCGACAACGGUGUCCCCUACACACCCCCACAUCAAGUAAUCGGCGGCGUAGGAGGCGUAGGCGGAUUCGCAUCACCGCCACCCUCAAACUCAACCCCGGGACUUUCCUACGCCGGCCCUCCAACAUCAACAACAAUGGGAACACCAGGCUACGCCUCCCCACCACCUAGCGCAGGCUUGCAGCAUACAAGCUCGUUCUCGUCCCACUCUUCCAUCCAAAGCCCUGGCUUACCUGUACCGUCAUACUCGCAAUCUUUCCUUGCUGGCACGGGUAACCAGCAAUGGAAUGCUAGUGCUAGUCCACAGAGAUCAGGCUCGUUGUCUUUUGCACCGCCAGUACAGCAACCGACUCAGUCCCAGGAUGUAAAUGCCAGCCCGCAACGACAGGGUUCUAUGUCUUUCGCGCCGCCGCCUCAGGAUCCUAAUGCUCAUUUGUAUGGUCAGCAGGUUUAUGGGGGUUCGUCGCAGCCUUCUGCUCCGAUUCAGCCGCAACCGUUACAGCAGCAACAAAUCCAACAGCAGCAACAAAUCCAACAGCAGCAACAACAACAGCAGGCUUCGGUACCGGUUCCUAUGGGUGGAUUCUCGAACUACUCAUAUGAUAAGACCCCCAGUCAACAGCAGAGACAGCCCGGGGCGUCGGAGUAUGACAUCCAUAGUCAGGCUUAUCGGCCUACGGAGGCGGAGGCUGGGUCUCAUUAUCAGAAGUAUGCGCAGAAGGCUAUGAAGAACCCUGGGCAGAGACCGAGGAAGUUGGAGGAUAAGGCGGAGCGAUUAGAGAGUGGUGUUAAUCGGUUCUUUAAGAAGCUUGAGAAGAGGCUGUGA